AUGCACCGAGCAAUCUUCCAGUCUUUGUGUAUGAUGCUUUUUGCCAUCUUCGUGGCAGCAUCUCCUUUUCAUGGCGUCACACGCAGAACAAUCGGCCUGGCCAAGCGUGGUAGCCGUGACGUAGAUGGAGGAAACCUGUAUUGUCUCUCAGAAAACAACGACCACAUUCCGGAAGAUUCAAAUUACUUCAUGACUCAAGAAGGCGCGCAAACUUUUGCCACCGCAGCCUGUAACGCCUGGGCAAAGAGAAAUUCCACGCUCCAUUUGUCAUCUAAAACCAACAGUACUCUGGAUCUGAUGCUGUCUGAUUUCUUGUCCCCUCCUACCGAUGACAACGAUCCGCAGUAUGGCAGGGUGAUUGCCACGGCAGGAUAUUCUGCUAGUGAAACAUGCAACGGAACUAUCAAUUUUGCAGAUAAGUACAUACACGACAGGUGCAAUAUAGGGCUGUUCACUGCCAUCAACGGGUGCGAUACCAAAAAUACCAAUUUCACCCUUUGGAAACAGGGAGGGCGGUUCCACCACGGCUGCGUUACCUGGACUAUCUCCAAACUGGCGGUUAAUGAUCUAUAA